CUCGAACAUCGGCUGUCAACGUUUGCUUACGUUUGUUGCAUGUGGGCCGCCGGCAGACCGACGGAGUAGAAAAAUAACUUGGAAAUUGCAGUGCUAUCCAGACGAACCGGGGAAUGGCAGCGGCGAUGGCGAACGAACGCAAGGGAACGUUUAAGGUGGAAUACCUGCAGAAAAUCGAACGAGACAUUCAGGAGCGCUGGCAGCGGGACAAAGUGUACGAUGUGGACGCACCGAAAGAACCACGCAAGCGGGACGAUGAAAAGUUCCUGGUCACCUUCCCGUACCCAUACAUGAACGGACGGCUUCAUCUCGGACAUGCGUUUUCGCUGUCGAAAGCGGAGUUUGCCGUGCGGUACCAUCGGCUCAAAGGAAGGAAGGUUCUGUUUCCGCUCGGUUUCCACUGUACCGGAAUGCCGAUAAAGGCAUGCGCUGAUAAGUUGAAGCGUGAGAUCGAACUGUACGGUUGCCCUCCGGUGUUCCCGCGCGAGGAAGCGAUCGUAGUGGAAAAACCCGAAGAGCGUGAUGUGGUGCCGAAAGAUAAGAGCAAAGGUAAGAAAAGUAAGGCGACGGCGAAGGCCGGUACGGCAAAGUUCCAGUGGCAGAUAAUGCAAAGUCUCGGGCUGGGCGAUGAGGAAAUUGCCAAGUUUGCCAACACGGAUCAUUGGCUCGAGUAUUUCCCACCGUUGGCGAUACGGGAUCUGAAGGAGCUGGGUGCUCACAUCGACUGGAGGCGCACCUUCAUUACGACCGAUGCGAAUCCGUUCUACGAUUCAUUUGUCCGCUGGCAGUUUAAUCAUCUGAAGGCGCGUGGGAAGAUUAUGUACGGCAAGCGUCACACGAUCUACUCGCCGAAGGAUGGACAACCGUGCAUGGAUCACGAUCGUUCUUCCGGGGAGGGUGUUGGUCCGCAGGAGUACACGCUGAUCAAGAUGAAGGUGACGGGCCCGUUGCCUGCGAAGCUGGCGGGCGCGGUAGGAAAGCGACCGGUUUAUCUGGUGUGCGGUACACUGCGUCCCGAGACGAUGUACGGACAGACGAACUGUUGGGUGCAUCCGGAUAUCAAGUACAUUGCGUUCGAAACGGCCAAGCAAGAAGUUUGGGUGUGUACGCGUCGUGCUGCACGGAACAUGUCCUACCAGGGAUUUACCGCCGUUGAGGGCGAGCUGAAGGAGCUCGCGGAGCUCGUCGGGCAGGACAUUAUGGGUCUGCAGCUAUCUGCGCCACUCACCUCCAACAAGGUAAUCUACACGCUUCCGAUGCUAUCCAUCAAGGAGGACAAAGGAACCGGCAUCGUAACAUCCGUUCCGUCCGACUCGCCGGAUGACUAUGCCGCGCUGCUAGAUCUGCAGAAGAAACAACCGUUCCGGGAGAAGUAUGGCAUCACGGACGAGAUGGUUCUGCCGUACCAACCGAUCCCGAUCAUCGAUGUGCCCGGUUUGGGCAAUCUGUGCGCGGUGUACGCGUACGAUAAGUUCAAGAUCCAGAGCCAGAACGAUCGUGAGAAGCUAACCGAAGCGAAGGAACUGGUCUAUCUGAAAGGAUUCUAUGACGGUGUGAUGCUGGUCGGUGAGCACAAGGGCAAAAAGGUGCAGGACGUCAAGAAAGACCUCAAACAGUAUCUGGUCGAACGGAACGAAGCGGACGUGUACUUCGAACCGGAGAAAACGAUCAUGUCACGAUCGGGAGACGUUUGUGUGGUCGCGCUGUGCAACCAGUGGUAUCUGAACUACGGCGAGGAAGUGUGGCAAAAGCAAACGACCGACCAUCUCCACACGAUGGAGCUGUUCCACGAGGAAGUUUCGCGCAACUUCGAGCACUGUCUCGAUUGGCUGCACGAGUACGCUUGCUCGCGUACGUACGGUCUCGGCACGAAGCUACCGUGGGAUCAACAGUGGCUCAUCGAAUCACUUUCGGAUUCUACCAUCUACAUGGCGUUCUACACCGUAGCCCAUCUGCUGCAGGGUGGAUCGUUCCGUGGUGAGAAACCGAGCCCGCUUGGCAUCAAGCCAGAGGAUAUGACGCCGGAAGUUUGGGACUAUAUUUUCUUCGCCGACGCAAAACCCCCGGCAAAGAGCCGCGUUAAGCGCGAUGCUCUCGAUCAUCUGAAGCGAGAAUUCAACUUCUGGUACCCGGUCGAUCUGCGUGUUUCCGGCAAGGAUCUCAUCCAGAACCAUCUGACGUUCUUCCUGUACAAUCACGUUGCAAUCUGGCCGAAAGAAUCGUCCAAAUGGCCCAAGGGCGUUCGUUGCAAUGGUCACCUGUUGCUGAAUUCGGCGAAAAUGUCCAAAUCUGAUGGCAACUUCCUCACGCUGUACGAAUCGAUCGCCAAGUUCAGUGCGGACGGUACACGCCUUUGUCUGGCGGACGCUGGCGAUAGUAUUGAGGAUGCGAACUUUGUCGUAACGAAUGCGGAUGCUGGCAUUCUGCGCCUGUACACCUUCAUCGAGUGGGUGAAGGAAACGCUCGCAUCGAAGCCACUGCUGCGGAAAGGACCCGAAGAUACAUCGAUCAACGAUCAGGUGUUUUCGAGCGAAAUGAAUCUACUUACGAAGCAAACGGACGAGUACUACCGAAAGAUGCUCUUCAAGGAAGCUCUCCGGACAGGGUUCUUCGAGUUCCAGAGCGCACGUGACAAAUAUCGUGAGCUUUGCGGUUCGAACGGUAUGCAUGCGAAUCUGGUGAUGGAGUUCAUUCGCCGACAGGCCCUGCUGAUUGCCCCCAUCUGUCCCCAUGUUGCGGAGCACAUCUGGUGCGAUCUGUUGGGCAACAAGAGCUCCAUCCUGCACGCAUCCUGGCCGGCAGUUGGUGCGAUCGAUGAGCAAAAGAUUAAAUGCUCUGCGUAUCUUAUGGAAGCGGCCCAUUCGUUCCGUUUGGCGCUGAAGAACGUCACCCAGCAGAAGGCCGGUGGCAAGGGAGCUCCCAAACCGUUGGCCGCGAAACCGAGCGACGGUACGAUCUGGGUGGCGAAAACGUUCCCACCGUGGCAAUCCUGUGUGCUGGACACGAUGCGUGAGCUUUACGAGCGCGACGGCAAUGCAACACUUCCGGACAACAAGGUUAUUGCGACGGAACUGGGCAAAAAGGAGCUGCUAAAGAAGUACAUGAAGCGUGUGAUGCCCUUCGCACAAAUGGUCCGCGAACGUGUGGAAGCGGUCGGAGGACCUGGCAAGCAGGCAAUGGAUGUGACGCUGGAUUUCGACGAGCGUGAAGUGCUGGGGUUGAAUGCGGAUUAUCUGCGCAACACGCUCGAGCUGGACACACUCACGUUCCGGUACACGGACGAACCAGAUACACCGGAAAAGAUGCGCGAAGAGGUACGACCGGGUGUACCGUUUAUCGUAUUUACGGUCAAACCGUUCGUGACGGUAACGCUGGAGAAUCCCGUUGAACGGUCCGGUUUGUUUACCGUCACGAUGAAUCUAUCCGAUGGUGAUACGAGCAAAACGCUGAAGGAAAAGCUAGCCAAGCAAAUCGGAUUUAAAGCUGAUCUCUCUGCUUUGGAGGUGAUGCGAUACGAAGAUCCUGUAAUGGGACCACGCAGUCUUCCCGCGUUCCAGGACUAUCGGUCAGGCAAGGUCACCAUCGAGGAGGGCGAAUUUAAGGUGGAAAUGGAAAAGAAGCAAGUGCUGCUAAGCAAUGGCACAUUCAAGAACUUGAACAUUGGCACGAACUUUAUCUACGUUAUCAAUUGAGGCUGGUAGAGGGUGUUGAGGCGUCAUGGCGCUACGCUUUAAUUUAUGCUGAAUUACUUGAAUUACAUACUUGAAAUAAAUGAAACAUUGAAUCGUUUUUCUUCAAAAGAAUAAAA